CUCUUUAACGCAUGUGAGCAGCUGGCAAAGCCGUGUUCUCCGUGUUGAGCUGAUAGGAAAGUCCUCGCCUAAAGCGGACCUCGCUUCGUCUCCGCUCCCGACACUAACUAACAUCCAGCUGAGCCAUGCCUUCAGGACCUUCAGAUUCAGACACUGCCACUCUGGCUCCUGUCUGCCCCCAUGCCGCCAAGAAGAUGGCGCUACUGAAUGGGGAAGGCCUCAAGGUCUCUACUCAUACGAAGGAAGAAAAUGGUUCGACUAAUGUGAACAAGAAACUGGACAACUUGCAACAGGAGGUUGAUAAUGGAGAGGAGGGCAUCAUGGAAAGGAAGUGGAUUCGUCCUGAUCUGGCCAGUAGAUGCACUUGGAGGCUCGGUGAGCCAAACAAGGAUUCCCCACAUAUCCAUUCUCAGAGGAAGAAAGUCCCCAGCAUUCUGCCCAACAUCCUGGGAAUGAUUGGGGACACCCCAAUGGUCCGCAUCAACAAGAUCCCAAAAACGCUUGGACUCAAGUGUGAGAUCCUGGCUAAGUGUGAGUUCUUUAACGCUGGAGGCAGUGUGAAGGACCGCAUCAGUCUACGUAUGGUGGAAGAUGCAGAGAAAGCUGGAAUCCUCAAACCUGGAGACACCAUCAUCGAGCCCACCUCUGGAAACACAGGGAUUGGUCUGGCUCUGGCUGCAGCAGUAAAAGGCUACCGCUGCAUCAUUGUCAUGCCUGAGAAAAUGAGUAUGGAGAAGGUGGACGUCCUGCGUGCUCUUGGUGCUGAGAUUGUUCGAACUCCGACCUCGGCUCGCUUUGACUCUCCUGAGUCUCAUGUGGGCGUGGCCUGGCGCUUGAAGAAUGAAAUUCCUAACGCUCACAUUUUGGAUCAGUACCGCAAUCCCAGCAACCCCCUCGCUCAUUAUGACACCACUGCCGAGGAGAUCCUGGAACAGUGUGAUGGUAAAAUAGACAUGCUGGUGGCAGGAGCUGGCACAGGUGGCACCAUCACUGGUAUCGCCCGUAAGCUGAAGGAAAAAUGUCCCAACAUCAAGAUUGUCGGUGUGGAUCCUGAGGGUUCAAUCCUGGCCGAGCCAGAGGAACUCAAUAAGACUAAUAAGACCCAGUAUGAGGUGGAGGGCAUUGGAUAUGACUUCAUCCCCACUGUACUGGACAGAUCUGUUGUGGACAGCUGGUACAAGUCCAACGAUGAUGAGUCCUUUGCCAUGUCGCGCAUGCUGAUCCGUGAUGAAGGCUUACUAUGUGGUGGUAGUUCGGGCUCAGCCAUGGCAGCAGCAGUGAAGGUGGCUAAGGAGCUGAAAGAGGGCCAGCGCUGUGUGGUCAUUCUGCCAGACUCCAUCCGCAACUACAUGUCCAAAUUUCUUAGCGACAAGUGGAUGUGUGACAAAGGCUUUCUCAGAGAGGAGGACCUGAUGGUGAAUAAACCAUGGUGGUGGAAUCUGACUCUUCAGGAGUUGCGUCUGUCUGCUCCUCUGACUGUUUUGCCCUCAGUCAACAUUAAAAAUACCAUUAAGAUCCUGAAGGAGAAGGCUUUUGACCAGGCCCCAGUAGUUGAUGAGGCUGGGGUGAUUCUGGGCAUGGUCACACUGGGCAACAUGCUCUCGUCUGUGCUUGCCGGGAAGGUUAGUCCUGCAGAUCCUGUCAUCAAAGUGCUCUACAAGCAGUUCAAACAGGUUCAUCUCACAGAUAACCUGGGCAAACUCUCCCGGAUCCUAGAGACAGAUCAUUUCGCCCUGGUGGUGCAUGAUCAAAUCCAGUACAAGACUGAUGGGUCGUCCACUUUGAAACAAAUGGUGUUUGGCAUCGUCACAGCCAUCGACCUGCUGAACUACGUGACCAGUCGUGAGAGGAGAGAGCGAACGCUGUCCGAAUGCUCACUCCCAGACGAGCUGUAACUGCUUUGUGACCAGCACAGUCAAGUCUAAGAAGAUUAGACAUUUCAUAAAGUUUGAGAGGCUUUGUUAGUUACUUAAAUUGUUACUUUAUUUCUUUUUUUCAUUUUUCUUUUCAUUUCAAAACUUGCUGAUUUAUACUGUUAUUAUUAAUCAGUGUUCUUUAUGCAGGCAUUAUUAUUCUGUCUUUGACUUUUAAACUGAGUUCGAUUUAAUUCAGUUGUUGUGUUUUAGGGUUUUAUUCAUAGUGAAAUACAGCUGUGCAGGUUUGUCUUUACCGGAUUUUAUGAGAUGUUUAUAAUUGAAAUGAUGAAAUGAUGCAAGGCAUGCCUUGUCUUGGGAUUAUUGUAACUUAUAUUUUCUGUUUAAAUGCUGCUGUUUUCCAUCUUCCGCUUUUAAAAAUGACCGUCCUCUAGUAGGACUGAUUUUGGCAAUCAUUUAAGGGUCAUACUUCCACCUUGUGACUAUAAGAGGUCACUGCAGAAUAGUCUUAGUUAGUUUUCUACAAUCAUGCUUAGAUUUUUCAAGCCUGCUGAUCUUGGCAGGUUGUUUAAAAUAUUGCUGAAGGUCAGUAAGAGUAGAGGUGAAGCACAACUGUGUUUAGUAAAGUAAACGGUUCUUGGUCAGACAGACUAAUAGUGUUAACUAUUGUCUGGCAGUGAAGGCUGGUGUGCUGCUGAAUUAGUGUAAACGAUUAGAGGUUCGUGUUGGUGCGCCUUGAUCCUGUCUACAGGGACCCUGAUUGUUUUGAUGUUCAUUCUGUUCUUCUGUUUGUUUUAUUUUUGGAAAUUUAAUCUGAAUGUAAGACUGAAGGUGGUUAUGGUGCAGAACGUUGGAGCCACAGAAUGCCGUCUCAGUCCAGAAAAAGGUCUUUGCUUUUGACUUUUUUUAAUCAUUUGAUUUUUUUUUUUUUUUUUUUUUUUUUUUUUUUUUUUUUUUAUAUCUUGAACGCUUAAUAAAUGUGCUCUAGUUUUCAAUAAAAUAUUUUCCCCCUGAGAA